CAGUGGUGGCGCGGCGACCGGGGAGGGAGCUCUGCUGAAGCGGCGGCGGGACGGAGGCCGGGCUGGGGCGCGGGUGGUGGCGCGGACGUCCGCGGACUCUGCUCACGGCGACGCUGAUCUCUGCCUGGAAGAUUCACCAAAGGCAAGGAAGACCAAUCUUGUCUCUGUUCCGAGUGCUGCCAUUCACAAGACUUCUGUGACAGACUGUAGACCCAAGCUCGCUGUACUGCCCUGCUCGCCCCAGACUUCUUUCUGGGGUCUACUUGAGGUCAGCAGUGUGAAGAUGAACAGCAUCCUCUUAGCAUGACGACCUUGGACCAUGUCAUCGCCACCCACCAGUCAGAGUGGGUCUCCUUCAGUGAAGAGCCACUGUUCCCCACCCCUUCAGAGGGAGCCUCUGAAGAACACUUCCCAGGACUGUCAUCUUCCUCAGACCCGUCUGAGACGUCCUCUGGGGAGAAUCCUGCUGUGGAUGGAGGCUGCCGGGACCUUUCCCACUCUGAGCAGGAUGACUCCUCUGAAAAGAUGGGCCUCAUCUCUGGGUCGACCACCCCUCCCGGAAGCCCAGUGCAGCCCACACCUGACUUGGCCUCGGCCAUCAGCAACUGGGUCCAAUUUGAAGAUGACACACCCUGGAGCACCACCUCACCACCUCACAAGGAAACCGCCCUCACAUUGACCAUGCCUUGCUGGACGUGCCCUUCCUUUGACUCUUUGAGAAGAUGCCCUUUGACCUCAGAAAGCAGCUGGACCACCCAUUCCGAGGACACCAGCAGUCCCAGUGUUGCUCCUUCGUACACGGACCUGCAGCUCAUCCAUGCGGAGGAGCAGGCGAGCGGCAGGGCGUCCAGGACCGACUCCACCGACAAUUCUUCCUCCCUCCAGGAAGAUGAAGAAGUAGAGAUGGAGGCCAUCAGUUGGCAGGCUGGCAGUCCAGCCAUGAAUGGGCACCCUGCUGUUCCUCCGGGGACCACUACUACUCGUUUCCCCAGCUGGGUCACUUUUGAUGACAAUGAAGUCAGCUGCCCUUUGCCGCCAGUCGCCUCUCCCACGAAGCCCAAUCCGCCAUCUGUUGCAGCUGCAAUCCCAGAUGUACCUUACAACUCAACUGGGUCAUUUAAGAGGGACCGUCCCAAGAGCACGCUGAUGAAUUUCUCCAAAGUUCAGAAGCUGGAUAUUUCCUCCUUAAACCGCCCACCGUCUGUAAUCGAGGCACCACCCUGGAGGGCCACCAAUCCUUUCCUGAAUGAGACUCUGCAGGAUGUGCAGCCCUCCCCUAUCAACCCGUUCAGUGCUUUCUUUGAAGAGCAGGAACGGCGCUCCCAAAACAGUUCAAUUUCCAGUACCACGGGCAAAAGCCAAAGAGAUUCUCUCAUUGUCAUCUACCAGGAUGCCAUCAGUUUUGAUGAUUCAGGCAAAAGCCAGUCCCACCCUGAUGCUAUUGAAAGGCUCAAGCAACUCCACAUUGAUGAUCCCGAUCACAUGGGCAGUCCAUCCCUGCCCGAUGAUGACCCCAUAGCCUGGGUUGAACUAGAUGCUCACUCACCCGCAUCAGCUCCGUCUCAGCCCAGAGAUGGAUGGCCAAUGAUGCUGAGAAUCCCCGAGAAGAAAAACAUCAUGUCCUCCAGGCACUGGGGGCCAAUCUACAUCAAACUGACAGGCAGCGGUUACCUGCAGCUGUAUUAUGAGCAGGGGCUAGAAAAACCAUUCCGCGAAUUCAAGCUGGAGAUCUGCCAUGAGGUUUCAGAACCCCGGCUCCAGAACUAUGAUGAGAAUGGGAGGAUCCACAGCUUGAGGAUAGACCGUGUCACUUACAAGGAAAAAAAGAAAUACCAGCCCAAACCCGCUGUGGCCCACACAGCAGAGAGGGAGCAGGUGAUUAAACUGGGCACCACCAAUUACGAUGACUUCCUGAGCUUCAUCCACGCAGUUCAGGACUGUCUCAUGGAUUUACCUGUGCUGUCCAUGGACUUGAGCACAGUUGGCUUAAACUACCUCGAAGAGGAGAUUACGGUGGAUGUGAGGGACGAAUUCUCGGGCACCGUGAGCAAAGGAGACAAACAGAUCUUACAGCACCGUGUCUCGACCCGGAUCCACAUUCUGAGUUUCCUCUCCGGGCUCGCCGAGUGCCGCUUGGGCCUCAACGACAUCCUUAUCAAGGGCAACGAAAUCGUUUCUCGUCAGGACAUCAUGCCCACCACCACCACCAAGUGGAUCAAGCUCCACGAGUGCCGUUUCCAUGGGUGUGUGGAUGAGGACGUGUUUAACAGUUCCCGGGUUAUUCUCUUCAACCCUUUGGACGCAUGCCGGUUUGAGCUAAUGAGGUUUAGGACCGUAUUUGCUGAGAAGACGUUGCCCUUCACACUCAGGACGGCAGCGAGCAUCAACGGGGCAGAGGUCGAGGUGCAGAGCUGGCUGAGGAUGUCUCCUGGCUUCUCUUCUAACCGCGACCCUCUGACUCAGGUUCCCUGUGAGAACGUGAUGGUUCGCUACCCAGUGCCCAGCGAGUGGGUGAAAAACCUCCGCCGGGAAAGUGUUCUAGGGGAAAAGUCUUUGAAAGCCAAAGUGAACCGGGGGGCAAGUUUUGGCUCUGCUGGUGUCUCUGGCUCUGAGCCUGUCAUGAGAGUAACUCUGGGAACUGCCAAGUAUGAGCAUGCCUUCAACGCCAUUGUGUGGAGGAUACACCGACUGCCAGACAAGAACUCAGCUUCUGGUCAUCCACACUGUUUCUUUUGCCACCUUGAACUUGGCUCGGACCGGGAAGUGCCUUCCAGAUUUGCCAAUUACGUAAACGUCGAGUUCAGCAUGCCCACCACUUCUGCCUCCAAAGCAGCUGUGAGAUCCAUCUCUGUGGAAGACAAGCCUGGUGUCAGGAAGUGGGUCAAUUACUCUGCCCACUACAGCUACAAGGUGGAGAUUGAACAGAAAAAGAGUUUGAAGCCAGACUUUGAGGGAGAGGAGUUGGAAAACCCAAAGGAAUGUGGGGUACAGUGACAGUGGCCUACUGCGUAAAGAACUGAGGAACGCUGACUCACGCUGGGUGUCUUCCUGAAUAACUCAAGUUUAAGUCCACACCUGCUGUGGCUGCUCCUUGUUGGGGGUGGUCUACUACCGUUUCCUGUGUGCAGUUACCUGUGUGUGACAGGAAAUCCUGAGGGGGUUGCUUCCAAUAGACUCCUUGACGCUGAGCACGCCUAAAGCAUGUGGUGCACCCGGCUUUUGGAGUUUAUUGUAUAUUGAGCCUCCUCGUCUCUUUUCUGCUUAUAUCAUGGCACUGGUGUGUGGUUUGUGGUGACUAUUAGAGACCCAAAAAGAACGGCCAACAUCAGUGUUGGCAUGGUUUACUCCCAAUAUCCAUCUGUCACUUGGAAGUUUCUGGGAAAAGCAGCCUGGAAAAUUAAUCAAGGAUCUGUCUCUAGUGGUCCCUCUGUGAAAGACUCAGAGGACUUUCAAAACUAUUUCCUCUUUGGGCCUGCUAGGCCUUUUCUAAAACCCUCCAUUCUUUCGAGGCUGGUUUUACUCCACAGAGGUUGUCCAGAGGUUCCCCUUCUGGUUCCAGAUUGUUCAAGAUCGAAAUACUUUUUUCAACUUCUGUUUUUCCCAUCUGCUAUCCUAAGUCAUGAUAGACAGUGGGAAAAGCCAAUCUGAAUUUUUUCAGAUUCAGAGAUUGGAGCUUAAUUCUGCUAGUGGACUGGCUUGGAUUCACAGUCUGUUGAAGAGAAAGGAAAGCUGAACUUGUUUUUCUUCAUUUGAAGGAAAGGGAACAUUAAAUGUAAGUUUCUCUUCAGUUCCGAAGCCAGCUUCAAUCAUAAUGAACUGCCAAAUUCUCACUGAUCACUUCUAAUUCCUGAAAUACAGGCACAGCUGUAAGAGAGGCUUGUGAGAGAGAGACACUUGGGAGUUCUUUUCAUACCUCAUAGGCAAUGACUGUUACAUGUCCCUUUAAUGCGAAAUUUACAGGAAAUCGAAGCUAAAGAAAUCACUGUAAAAGCUUAAUUGGAAUGAGUUUUGCCCCAAAUUCAGAGGUUGGUAGUCACAGUGUUAUGACAAGUUCAAAAAGGCAGAAGGCUCCAGGGUAGGGCUGGGGAAAGCCAGUUUCCCAGUGUCAUGACCAUGAACCCCUAAUUCCAAGAAUCAGAGCGACCUCUUUUUCGCUCACGCCUACCCACCGCUUCCCACUCCCUGCUUAUUGUACCUUGGUGUUUCCUCUCAUGGAGAAUAAAGGGAGGGGACAGAAUGUAUAUUUUAUCAGACUUGGGAAAAUACCUGCAGUUUGGGACUGACUGAUCCAAGAUUUGUGUAUUCAGCUCAUAUUUAGUGAGAUUGAACUGUGUACUGGCAUUUGGCAUCCUUGCAGUGUUUUGAACUAUGGUUUUUUUGUUUUUGUUUUUGAGACAGGGUUUCUCUGUGUAGCCUUGG